UCCCGUCGCGUCGGCUCCUCCCCUCGAGAUGCCGGACGCACCACCACGUCCCAAACCACCGCGCCACGUCUACCCAAAACGACAAACUUCUCACGCUUCCAUACCCGCCGCUUUUAAUGGACACCGACGAUUGAUGGGAGCAGAGCAAACUCAGUGACGAGGUACCGUAGGAGUGGGAUUCUUGUUUCGCGGGGGACAAAAUGCGGGGUGGUGGUGAUUGCGAGCUCGGGUUCCGGGUCGUGAUGGAGGAGGAGGAGGAGAUGGCGUCGGCUUCGGAGAGGACAUCGCGGCGGCGCAGGCGGCGGCGGUGGGGAGCGGAGGCGGACGACGGCUACUCGGCCAGCUCGACGGGCGGCGGCGGGAGCAGCGGCAACGGCUCCUUCGGCUGCGACUCGCCUUUGGCCGGGUUCGUGCGCGCGGAUGGCGACAUGGACACAGAUCUGGAGACAGACGACGGGCUGGCCGCCACUUCAUCCUCCAACGCUUCUGCAGCGUUCGACGACGGCGACGAGGAGGUGCAGUGUGGGGCGAAGGAAGAGUGGGCGCAAGCAAGGCAAGAACCAGCCAACACUCCGGCAGACGGAGCCAUCCAAGAAUGCCAGAGCCAACGACAAUGUCCGACAGAGGCUGUUUUCCUGCACGGUACUAGGAAGGCGCUGAAGCAGCGGCCAGCCUCGCUCGACUUCGGCAGUCCGGGGUUCAACGGAACCCCCUUCUCUCCAGGCUUUGUGGUUGGGCGCGCGGGGUUCGUAAGCAAGGGACUCCUGCCGUCACACGUCAGCUCAGGUGUGUUUCCUAGCCCCGGCACACCAAGCUAUCCCCGCCGGCACCGUUCAUCCGUCUUGGGGUACCAAAAGGGGUGGAGCUCGGAGAGAGUGCCCCUUCCUUCAAAAGGUAACAACAACAGGAGGUACCCAGCCACCAGCAUGGCAUUUCCUUUCAACAACGGGAGGACACUGCCCUCGAAAUGGGAGGACGCGGAGAGGUGGAUCUUCAGUCCGAACUCCACCGAUGCGCUUGCCAAGACCUCGGCGGUGCCCCAUGCUCGGCGACCCAAGGCCAAAAGUGGCCCUCUAGGACCUCCUGGAAGACUUGGUGGGCAGUAUUCGUCGGUGUCUUCAUCUGUGUCAUUGUUUGACAGCGGGAGAGUUGGGCAUUUGACAGCAAACUCACCUUUCUUGGCGGGAGUACUGAUACCUGAACAUUAUUGUGGGGGGAAAAGUAAUGUUGGGAAGAGAACAAGCGGAACACCUGGUGAUGAAUUCAGUAUUGGCAUUGUUGGCAGGUCUUCUCUAGCAAACAGCGGGUCUCCUGCUAUCCAGUCUACCAGGGUGCGCCGGCGACUAGAUACUGCAGUUGACUCAUCUGCUUCAUUGCCUACCACCCAAGAAUCUACACAAGACGAACAAAUUGAGUCUAUAGAAGAUUCAGCCUCCAUUAUUAUCCCUACAGUUUCAAGGAAGGAUACUGCAACUCAAACUAGCCCAGAGCUAAGUAGGUCCUCUUCGCCCAGUGCUAGACCUUCAUUUGCCCGCUCAUUCUCGAUGCAACAAGCCAGAGAGAGGGAGAGCCGUUUCUCUGAUGUUGAGAUCAGGGACGUGCAGAUGGAUGACCGAGUGACUCUCACCAGAUGGUCCAAGAAACAUGUAACACCAGCCUCUAACAAGAAUGCAGCAAAUAUAUUAGAGUGGAAUAAAAAGAUGGUGGAUUCUAAAUCUCCUUCGUGGAAAUCAACUGAAGCAGCGUACAUAUCAAAGGUUGAGAAAGAAGAAGCAAAAAUUGCUGCUUGGGAGAAUCUUCAAAAAGCCAAAGCUGAGGCUGCAAUUCAGAAAUUAGUGAUGAAACUCGAGAAGAAACGGUCAUCUUCUCUGGAGAGGAUUUUGAGCACCCUGAGGUCUGCUCAAAGAAAAGCACAAGGGAUGCGUGAUGAAGCAACAGCAAGCCAAGAUGAACGACUUUCCAGGAAGGUCAAAAAGACAUCACAUGCUACAAAGAAUGGCCAGAUCAGAUCUCUGAGUGGCUGCUUCACUUGCCAUACUUUCUAGUAUCAUGGAUCCCACUGCUGAGGAUCAGGACCGAAGUCAGACCUUGAGCAAGGAGGUUCGGCGUAGUUGCAGAAUUCAAACCAUCCUUCCAUCAGCUGUAGACUGAACCCCGUGGCGUUUUCAGAAUAUGCCGCUGCAGAUCUGAGGGGACCGUGCGUGCAUGGGUUGUCAAGAUAUGGAUUUGCUACAGUAUAUGUUUGGAAUCUGCCAAGGGGACAAGAGAAAAUGGAGCCACCGAGGAAAGGAGCGGGAUACUUCUGCUUCAUCCCAUGUGCCCGCUUUGAUGCCACGCCCAGCUAGCGGUUAGCAUAAUGGUAGAGACCUCCUCUAUCAUUAGGCCCUUGCUAGCCUUGUGUAGUAGUUGCUAGCCAUUGCGUGCCUGUGCUUCAGGCCUUGUGCCCUUGUAGCUAGGAAGGUGUUGUUUCUGCUUUUGGUGUAGUGCUUCAGGUGUAAUGCAGUGUAUGCAGUACUCGUUUGGGAGAUAUGUUGGGUGGGAUGAAUGUACACCACCGUAGAGCAUGUACUGUUUUAUUUGCUAGAAUUGUUGCCCCCUCU